GAGUUUUCCCCGUCCACAGUCGUAGUUGAAUACAAUGUCACCUUACUCGAUCUUCCAAAUCUAAUGUAAUGGACAAUAAUCCGACGACACCUGCCUUGCUGGCGCAGAGCUCCUCGAUAAACGUAUUCCACGACGAAUCAAUCCUACCGCAGCGUAAUGUAAAAACAAGUGAAAAUGUUCCACCGACGUUGGCAGAGAAAACGUUGUUUGUGCUGUCCAUGAUUCUGAUAGUCCUCUUCCUGCCGUGGUCCCUAUUCAUCUGCCUGAGGGUAAUGUCGGAGUAUGAGCGAGCGGUGAUCCUACGCCUGGGUCGACUGCGUCCCAAGCCACCGAGUGGGCCGGGCCUCAUCUUUCUCGUGCCUUGCAUUGACGACCUCGCUAUUGUGGACAUACGCACCAGGUCGUUCGAUCUGCAUAGACAGGAAAUCCUCACCCGCGACAUGGUGACGAUCAGCAUAGACGGAGUGGUGUACUACAGCAUCAAGAGCCCCUUCGACGCUAUGCUGCAGGUUUCCGAUGCUGAGGAGGCAACCGAAAAGCUAGCAAUGACAACGCUGCGAAACGUGGCCGGCACCCACAAACUAAUGGAUUUGCUCUCGUCCAAGGAGUACCUCUCCAACCAAAUAGAGGGUAUCUUGUACAACUCCACAGAGCCCUGGGGCAUUCGCGUGGAACGGGUGGAGAUCAAGGAGAUCUUCAUGCCCGACCAACUGAAGCGUGCUCUGGCUGUGGAACAGGAGGCGAUGCGGGAGGCCAAGGCCAAGGUGGCCGCGGCGCAGGGAGAGCGGGAUGCGGUAACUGCGCUGAAAGAGGCUGCCGACAUCAUGGAGACCAACCCCAUUGCCCUGCAGCUGCGGUACCUGCAAACACUGAACUCCAUCUGCAAUGAUAACACCAGGUCCUACGUAUUCCCUUUUCCUGUAGACAUUGUGCGGAAAAUGAUGAAGUAGGGUUUCUCAAAAAAUUUCUCCAAACGCGUUCCGUUUUUAUGUGGAUUCCAUUUAAAGGAACUUCGCUAUUUCAUUGUAUAUUAUAUUAUAUUUAGUAUUAUUCAUCUGAAGGAGACCAAAUACGGUACAUUUCCUAUGGCCACGUUUCAUUAGCACAGACGUUCAAUUAAUAUUUUCCGAAAAUUUUCAAGCAGAUGAAGGGGAAUAUCCUUUAACCUCUCUAGUUUUGCGCUCUACAAAAUACAGUUCCCGAGGCGUGCUGAAUGUAGAAAUUUCAAAUGCUGUAUGGAAUUCGACUUAUGCGAAGUCUA